AUGUCGACCCCAUUGCUAGCUGAAUUGCCUGAGCUCUCUCACCUAUCACGGGAUGACCUGCAAGAACUUCUCGUCGACCCGGUCUACUUCCAGGCUGUGUUUCAUUCCCUGAACCAAGUGGAGGCCCUAUACCGCGCCCAGGCAGAGCUUGGGAACGCCAACGAGACGAUUGCAAAGAACAACCUCGCGCUACAGGAGUCGCUCUACCAGCUCAGGAGCGAAACAGAGGAGGCGUUCAACGAAGCGCGGGACCUCGAGGCGAAGUGGAAAGAAGUAGAGAAAGAGCAGAAAGAGGUCUACCAGCGUUUUACCCCUCAAUUCCUUCUAAUGCGAUUAAGGCAUGCUACGACCGCGCAAGACGACACAUCAGAGGCCCGAGCAAUUGAAUUCGUGCAAGCAUCCUCGGUUGAGCCCACCAUUGCAGGCAUGAACAGCAGGAACAUUGACGAUUUCGUGCGGGAGUUCAGAGAGCUCAGGAAGGUAUACCACAAGCGCGUCAUAUGGGGCGAUCGCUGGGCGGCAGGGCAAGUUGCCUGGAGGGACGACUAA